AUGAACCGCUAUGUCGCGUUAGCUGUUUUUGCCUCUUACUUUUCUAUCAUUGCUGUAAUACUUGGAAUUUUACUCAAGAUUCUUCUUCGACAACAUGACCUUCAAAAGAAUAUUCUGAAUCGGAAACGAGCCACACUGUUUUUUCUCCUCGCAAUUGGCUCAUUUAUUCAUACUUGGUACUGCUGUAUCGACUUUAUGAUGAGAUAUGUUCAGUGGAGUUUGAAUGACUAUGAAACCAAAGUCGGAACUUUCGAUGGCACAUAUGUAGACCGUUUGGGCAACUGGCUCAUCAACACCGCACUCUUCGAGCAAGCCUGGUACACUGUUUGCUCCGGACCUGUCAAAUGGUGGAUCAGCCAACAGCUCUGUUCGUACACCGUCGGCGCUUGGACCAUAUUUAUCUUUGUAGAAGGUAAACACCGCCAGAUCAAAUAUGCUUGGAUGUACAUGCUUCUAGGACAACUCGUUGCGAUAUCCGUGGCUUCCAAUCUCUUCUACGUCGCACUGUGUCUUUCAACGUCACCUCCAACAAGGCAAGCCAGGUCUGCGAGUCCAGUGCUUUGGCUCAGUAUAUUCCUGUCUCUGGUCUCCGUCUCAUAUUCCCCGUUUACCGACAAACGAAUCUUUUUGCCGAAUCUUCUCGUCAUGCACACAUUAGCGGCAGUCCCAUUGCUUUUUAGGCCAUAUCUAGAUACGUUACUUGUCCCACGUUUUUCACUGAGCUUCAGCUCGCUUUAUCUUUUGGUCUUUGUGGUGACGGCGUUUAUCCAUAUCUGGAACUCUAUAGUUCUAUACUAUUCUCUUGAUGAGCCCUUUGUGGGUGCUCUCUGGGGCGCUCUCUUCUCCCACCCUGCUCAAUCGUCUAUUGGUUGGGAUGUCAUCUGGACAAGCGCUUCCUUUGUGAUGUGGGCUAUAACAUCCCAGGCCAGGCAUCGUUUUGUAUCGCUAGUUACACCUUUGAUUUCUGUGGGUGUCGUGGCGCCUGCGCUAGCCUCUCUUGAAUAUGAUGGUCAAGGGUUCUUACAGGGCUCUCCAAAGGCGGAGUAG